UCACAGUUCGGAAUGUAGAAAGUUGUCAAUUCAAUAAGUUUGUAGACAUUAUUUUUAAAAUUCUGAACAAAUGGAUCUCUUAAAUGUCUGCAUAAUUGGGUCGGGCAAUUGGGCCACCACUAUAGCUCGAGUCGUGGCUAUUAAUGCCGUCAAUUCCCAGUUUAUGGAAGACAAGGUGAAUAUGUACGUUUACGAAGAGAUUAUCGACGGCCGUAAGCUUACAGAGAUUAUUAACACGACGCAUGUUAAUGUCAAAUAUAUGCCGGACUAUGUGUUGCCCCCGAAUGUGGUUGCCUACGAUGAUGUUGUGACCACAGCGCGAGAUGCCGAUAUUAUAAUAUUUGCCAUACCACCAACCUUUGUGAGCAGCUGCUGUAAGACUCUGCUAGGCAAGAUUAAGCCCAUGGCGCACGGAGUCUCUCUCAUUAAAGGUUUUGAGCGAAACGAUGACGGACACAUUGCGCUGAUAUCUCAUCUCAUAAUGCGGCAAUUGAAGAUUCCUUGCUCAGUUUUGGUGGGCUGCAAUUUGGCUCAUGAAAUCGCAAACAACAAUUUCGCCGAGGGCACGAUCGGUUGUCGGGAUCAGAAAUACAUGCGGAUACUAUCAGAUCUCUUCAAGUCGGAUACUUUUCGUGUGGUUGUCACCGAUGAUGCAGACUGCGUGGAAAUCUGCUCCACUUUAAGGAACAUUAUAGCUUUUGGAGCUGGACUUGCGGAUGGACUGGAGUUCAAUGAGAACACCAAGGCCGGUAUUAUUAGACGAGGAUUCCUUGAAACUCUGCAAUUUGUAGACGUCUUCUAUCCAGGAAGUCGGUUAGCUACUUUCUUUGAGGCGUGUGGAAUAUCCGACCUUGUUACCAGUUGCUAUGCCAAUCGCAAUCGCAAACUUGCCGAAGCAUUUGUCAAGACAGGUCGGCCACUGAGUGAGCUGGAGCACGUCCUUAUACCAGGACACGAGCCCUUGGGACCUGUAACCUCUGAAUUGAUUAAUUUAAUGUUAAAGAAAAAAGGCCUCGAAGAGAAAUUUCCACUCUUCACCACAAUCUAUCGCAUAUGCACUGGCGCUUAUCCUCUAACCCGUUUGGUGGAAACUUUGCGAUUUGCUCGUGAAGAUAUCUAUCAUCCCAACCAUAUUUUCCAACUGUAGAAAUACUAAUUUUAUUUUUCCAAAAAAUUGCGUGUCUUUGAAUUUGUUGAUAAAUGCAAUCCGGAUUAUUGUAAAAUUUAUAGUAAAGUCAUAAAAAUAAACAAAUAUAUUAAAGCUGA